CACACAGCGGCGGCAGUGCUAACACAGCUCCGGCAGCGCGAGAGAGAAGAGAGCCACCCCUCUACCUGGAGAGGAAGCCAGGGACCGGGGGCAGUCAUGGCAGCGAACAUGUACCGGGUUGGAGAUUAUGUGUAUUUUGAGAACUCGUCCAGUAACCCACUGCUGAUCAGGAGGAUAGAGGAGUUGAACAAGACAGCCAAUGGGAACGUGGAGGCCAAAGUGGUGUGUUUUUACCGGCGCAGGGACAUCUCCAGCACACUCAUCGCCCUGGCAGACAAACAUGCAAGGGAGCUGGAGGAGGAGAUGGAGAAUCCAGAGAUGGCGGACCUCCCAGAGAAACAGAAACACCAGCUCAGACACAGAGAGCUCUUCCUGUCCCGCCAACUGGAGUCUUUACCUGCCACACACAUCAGGGGGAAGUGCUGUGUGACAUUGUUGAACGAGACAGAGGCCCUGAAGUCGUACCUGGACAGAGAGGAUGCCUUCUUCUACUCGCUGGUGUAUGACCCUCAGCAAAAGACCCUGCUGGCUGAUAAGGGGGAGAUCCGUGUUGGGAACAAGUUCCAGGCCGACAUCACCGACCUCCUGAAAGAAGGUGAGGAUGAUGGUAGAGACUUGGAGAAACUGGAGGAGAAGGUCUGGGACCCCAACAGCUCACUGACAGAGAAACAGAUUGACCAGUUCUUAGUAGUAGCUCGGUCAGUAGGUACAUUCGCCAGAGCCUUGGACUGCAGUAGUUCUAUCCGGCAGCCCAGCCUUCACAUGAGCGCUGCUGCAGCCUCCAGAGACAUCACCUUGUUUCACGCUAUGGACACCCUCCAUGCCACGGGCUAUGACAUGACUCGAGGCAUCGCAGCGCUGGUGCCUCAGGGUGGACCGGUCCUCUGCAGGGAUGAAAUGGAAGAGUGGAGCGCUUCUGAGGCCAACCUGUUCGAGGAGGCACUAGAGAAAUACGGCAAAGACUUCACUGAUAUCCAACAGGAUUUUUUGCCCUGGAAGUCCCUGACGAGUAUUAUUGAGUAUUACUACAUGUGGAAGACCACAGACAGAUAUGUACAGCAGAAACGAUUAAAAGCAGCCGAGGCAGAAAGCAAGUUGAAGCAGGUCUACAUCCCUAACUACAACAAGCCAAACCCCAACCAGCUGAGUAACAAUGUAAAACCAGCUCUGGUGAAUGGAGCGGCGGGUGCAGUGGUCCCAGGACCUCCAGGCGCAGGGCAGACCCCCGGCCUCGGCAGAGCCUGCGAAAGCUGCUACACCAGCAGCUCCUACCAGUGGUACUCGUGGGGACCUCCCAACAUGCAGUGUCGCCUGUGUGCUUCAUGCUGGACCUACUGGAAGAAGUACGGAGGGCUGAAGAUGCCCACAAGACUGGAUGGAGAGAGGCCUGGACCCAACCGCAACAACAUGAGCCCCCACGGCCUGCCUCUGCGGCACAGCGGCAGCCCCAAGUUCGCAGUGAAGACGCGACAGGCUUUCUACCUGCAGACCACGGGCCUGACGAGGAUGGCACGCCGCCUCUGUCAGGACAUCAUCAGGCCGCGAUAUCUAGCCAGGCACCCCUACCUCCCUGUCAACACAGCAGCCAUCAAGGCAGAAUGUGCGUUGAGGUUGCCAGAUGGCCCAAAAAAGCCUUUGCCACUGAAACCUGUGGAACGUAAACCUCUGGAGUCUGUGGUUCGAUAUUUAGAAGCACAUCCCCGUCCACCCAAACCAGACCCCCCGAUCCGCGGAGGGUCCAUCUCUACAGGCAGCCUGACGCCCAUAAAGUCCUCUCCCAUCCUCAACAAUGGCUCGCCCACCAUCCUGGGCAAACGCACCUAUGAACAGCACAACGGACUGGAUGGCUCUAAAUCCAAAGCCCUGACUCCACAAUGGGACAUCAUGGCCAAACGGGUGAGCGAAGUGGCGCGGCCCUCGGUCUCCCUGCAGGACGAGGUACAUGAACUGGACUGAACGCUCUGCGGGAACGACCUCUACAGCAAACCCCGGUGAGACUCAUAAUCCCUUUCCUUCGUGUGCAGCGGAGGAGGACAUGAAACGGAAAGGCGUUUUCCAGUAAACCAUAGCCGAGGGCAGCUGAGGGGAGUUGAGGCUGAACGGAGACGAGCGUUGACCACCUUUCUUCAGUCAGUACGGGUCUGUCACGCUGCUGAAGACCAAUCGAUAAUCGAUCAGUUUGGCUGUGGUCAAUCAGAAGAUGAGCCUGACUGUACAGGACUGUGUUUAUUACUUACAUUUCUCGUUAUAGCUGUUAUUGUAAUUAUUGUUAUUGUUAUUAUGAUUUUUUUUUUUUACCAACUAUAACUCAGCUUAUUGUUUGUCGAUCAAACGAUGGAACUUGUGAAGUUUCAUGAAAAAUGCUUGCAGAACCCUGUGGAAAAGGGUGGAAGGACUGUAACAUACGCCACUCGCAUCUUCUAUGUUUUUGGUUUUUUUUAACAAGUUAAAUUCAACAAAGAGACGCACUUUUAUUUCAGCGACAUGAGUUAACUUUGUUUCGAUGAAUUUGAAUGCUUUACGGGAAAUCUUCUGUUUUGUGAGCCGGCCCUGCUCUUCGGCCAGAGAGGUUUAACUUAUUGAGAAAGACUUGCUGUUUUUUCUACCUUUUUCACAAGCAAUGCAUCUAUGCUUAGAUAAUGUAAUUAAAAAAGAUAAUUGAUUUUCCCUUCUUCUUUUGGUGUCUCUGCACAGAGGUGGUUGUUCUUUCUCCAAACUCGGUCCGCAGACGGGGUGAAUGCGAAACAUUACGGACACUUUUAUGUUUUGUGCCUAAAAAAAUGAACAAAAUUAGAAAAGAUUACUUGCACAAACACAACAACAACAAAAAAAGCAGCUCUGCUUUCAUGUCCAGUCGUUUUUGUCAACGUGUUCAUCUUCAUUUUAUCUUAGUUAGGAGCGUAAGAGAAUAUACUGAU